GGACCUCAAUCACAAAAAUGUUGUAAAAUUUUUUGGAAGAGUUUUACAUGAUGAUCAAGAUGGAAAAAGAGUGAUAUUUCUCACGGAAUUAUGCAAGGAGAAUUUAAGGUCGUUCCUGAAAAGCAAUCCUGAUCAUAUCCCAGCAAGUGAUCGAACAAGCAAAUCUGUCAAGGUGAUGAUUAAGUUGGCAAAAGAUGUUGCGUCAGGCCUGAAGUAUCUGCAUGAUCGCGGCAUUGUUCAUCGUGACCUGAAACCGGAAAACAUUCUCGUAAGUUUUAAAAAAUUUAAUAAUUAUUCGACGAGGUUGAAAGCGACAUCUAGAAAUUAUACUGGCUGAGUUUGUACGUGAAACCUGCCCUAUCUGUAUAGGCUGAGUAUAAAACAAGUACUAACAAAAAUCCAAACGUUUUAGUACGCUGGCAAUUAUCUCUUUUACUCGAGCUUUUCUUUUUCCUGUAGUAUAGUAGAAAGUAUUCAACCAUUUCAAAUCUGAACCUCACUAUAUUGUCGCUAUUUCGACUUUGUUUGAAUGUCCGGAAUCCUUUCAUUAGUGGCUAUAUGCAUGCAAAGCCAGAACAUAUAGCCCCCGGAUCCGAGAUCCGAAGACCCAUGUAAAUACUAAUAAUAAUGAUGUAUUCAAUAUGAUCCACAAGGUGGCUCUUUCUCUGUUGAAGAUUACAUUAGUAAUAUUUACAAAUAACAUUACAAACAUUAUAAUACAGUCUGUUGAUAAAUCCAGAGAAAACCAAAAUGUUUGUAAUCGGACUCGUCGACUGUUUCAACAGCUGGAGACGGUACCUAAUGUAAAUUUUAUUGGCAACAAUCAUGAACCAGAGACAGAAGUGAAAGUUCUUG